CUGAAGUAUGAAUCUGAUCUUCCGCGUAAUCCGCUUAAGUUCUCUCAACCACUGCUCAACAAUGUCAAGCUCCACAAGCAGCCAUCUCUGAACUCUCUUUUUCAGUAUGGCUCUCUGCACUUCGCAGCUCCAAUUCGCUAACGCCGCCCUCGCGAGCUGCGCCUCCCUGUCGAGAACAGCCUCCUUCUCCAGCCCCAUGUUGGUUGCCAGACUUCGGGUGCUCGGGCCGCUGCGCUCCCUCUGGUCGCUGUCCAACAGCUUGGUAGACCCAGUAGCUGCUGCAGAACGACUCUCCUCUUCCGCAGCAUAUACCAGUUCGUCAGAUCAGCCGAGUACUAUGUCGGCUCCUUGGCCAGGGGCAGGAACGAGCCAAGAUGGGCGGAAUACCCAGGCCAGAUAUGGGGGUGACUCUGGCUCUUCCCGAGGGGGGAGGGGUGGUGGUCGGGGACGGAGAGGGGGCGGCACCCGUACAAUUGAGCAGGAGAGGAGCUACCAUGGGGGCCGUCCUCAAAUGCAGAACCCAGGGAGAGGUUACCAGGAGAAUUUUGAGCAGGAAGGCAACGGGUAUGGAAGGAAUGGGGCUGGAGUAGAGAGAGGGGGCAAUGGUUUUGGGCGUGGCGGUCGGGGCGGGGGAAGAAACGGGCGAGGCUCGGGGAUGGUUGAAGAAAGGGGGAAUGGACGUGCUGUUGGGGGGGGGUCUGGGGAGAGGAAACGAGGGCCGCCAGGUGGUUCGAUGUCAGCUGCAGCUGUUCAGCAGCACCAAAGAAGAGCUCCGCCAGUCUCGAGGCGGCCUCCAGCGCAAAGCCAGCUGAUUGACGAGACACUGUCAGAGUCAGAGGGGGAGGAAGACCGCCCUGCAGUUGAUGCAGAGAGAUCUACCACAGGGGGGAGCGGGGGCAACCCAGCUUUCAUAACAGAGACAAGGUUUGAUUCCUUCAACCUCUCACCCCCCACAAUCAAGGCUUUGCACGAGGACCUUGGAUACGAGAAGAUGACGGUAGUUCAGGAGGCGACUCUCCCAGCGUGCUUGGAUGGGAAGGACGUGCUGGCCAAAGCCAAAACCGGGACUGGAAAGACGCUUGGUUUCUUGAUACCUGCCAUCGAGAGGAUCCUCGCUCGCGGGGGCCGGCGCAGCUCCAACCCAGAUAUCGAGGUGCUGGUCAUCUCGCCGACACGCGAGUUGGCGCAGCAGAUCGAGGCGGAGGCAAAGGCGCUGCUCAAGUAUCACCCGCUGCGGUCCGAGAUCAUCUUUGGAGGCUCCAACAUCAACAGCGACCGGCGCAGGCUGGAGAGUCAGCCGGCAGAAAUCCUCAUCUGCACCCCGGGCCGCCUCCAAGACCAUCUGGACAACACGCCGUCCGUCCCGCAGCGCCUCAAGGGCCUCAAAGUGCUCAUUCUGGAUGAAGCCGAUAACCUGCUCAACAUGGGUUUCCGCCCCGCCAUCGAGAAGAUCUUGCGCUACCUGCCGGGUCAGCGGCAGACACUCCUGUUCUCUGCCACGAUUCCCCCGCAAGUUCACACGGUGUCAAAGUUGGCGCUGAAGCCCAACCACGCGUUCAUUGACACUGUUGGGGAGGAGACGGAGCAGACCAACAUUCAGGUGAAGCAAUCGUACGCUGUCAUUCCUCUGGCCGAUCAAAUCGGCGCCACCUUCCACAUCCUGCGCCAACACAUCCGGGAGGAGAGGAACUUCAAGGUCCUCGUCUUCCUGACGACCGCCCGCGCCACGCAGCUGUACGCGCAGCUGUUCCAGGGCAUUGGCUUCCCCGCGCUCGAGAUCCACUCGCGCAAGAGCCAGGCCGCCCGCACACGCACCUCCGAGGAGUUCCGCAAGGGCUCGCGCGUCGUACUCUUCACGUCCGACGUGUCGGCGCGCGGCGUCGACUACCCUGACGUCAGCAUGGUGCUACAGGUGGGCCUACCAACCGACAAAGCCCAGUAUAUCCAUCGGCUAGGCCGAACCGCCCGUGCUGGGAAGGAGGGCGAGGGGAUUCUCAUGCUGGCGCCCUACGAGAAGUACUUCCUCAAACAAGUCGCUGAUCUGCCUCUGGAGCAAUACGGCCCGGUGCCCAUCGAGGCGGACAUCCGACAAGAGGUGCAACGCGGCAUGUCGCGCUUGGAGGAGAAGACUCUGGUGCAGGCGUACGUGGCAUGGCUCGGGUUCUACAAUACCUUCUGCAAGAACCUGGGUUGGUCCAAGGCGGAUCUCGUGCAACAAGCGAACUUUUAUGCGACAGAGUGCCUCGGCAUGUCGGAACCGCCCGCCCUUUUGAGGAGGACCGUGGGGAUGAUGGGGCUCAAGGGGGUCCCCGGGUUGAGGAUAGAGUAACGUCAUUUAUACUGAUUCUUUAUGCCAGUAAUUCAUUUCAAAGUUCCCGCUACUGAUUGGAGGAUUCAAAGUUCCCGCUAUUGUGUGGAGAAGCUUUAUCAGCGCAAAGCUUUGCUAAGUGUCAAAUGACCAAGCACAAUAGUGGCACCAAUUGUUGCCAAAAGUUCUCAAACUUCUUAGCCUGCACUAAAAGGUGGACAUGGUUGGAGUAAAGCCUGAUGUAACGGUGCUGUCCGAGUGUCAUGGCGUCAGAUGUUAGUACGUGGGUUAGAUGCUUGCUUAAGAGCAGAUUCCAUGUGCAUCAUUCCUGGCAUCGGGUUCGAAAGUUAGUUCAAAGCCGAAGGCUCU